AUGGCAUCUCCACCCAAGCCUUGGGAACGACCUGGCGCUGCAGCAACCGUUGCAUCGGCAGCGCGACCGACAACGCUUCCCACCACUACCGCCGCUUCCAUCUCGACCCCGCCGGCGCAAGGCUCCUCAGCGAUCGCCACAGCAUCAGCAGACGCGCCUGCUGUCCCCCAGCGACCGGCCUCUCUCGCAGCAUCGGUCAACCAGAACGCCGCAGCAUACAGCUCUGGCAUGGCGAAUCCUUACGGUACAUACGGCGGCGGCGCCGGCUACAACUCGUACUCGAGAAUGGGUGGCUACGGCGGCUAUGGGGGAACCAUGGGAGGGAUGUACGGCAGCAGCAUGUAUGGAGGAUACGGUGGCUACGGCGGCUCCAUGUAUGGAGGUGGCAUGUACGGCGGCAUGCCUGGCAUGGGCCAAAAUCCGAAUGACCCCAACAGCCUGACGAACCAGUUCAACAACAGCACCCAGGCAACUUUCCAGAUGCUGCAAGGUAUCGUGCAGGCCUUUGGAGGCUUUGCACAAAUGCUGGAAAGUACUUACAUGGCGACUCACUCGAGCUUCUUUGGUAUGUUGCUUCUGCUCUUUCAAGGGCGCGGAAGGUCGAUUGCUAAUCCGACUGCAGCCAUGGUUUCCGUCGCCGAGCAAUUCGGUAACCUCAAGGAUACUCUCGGCUCCAUUCUCGGCAUCUUCACCCUGAUGCGAUGGAUCCGCACACUUCUAGCGAAGCUUACCGGCCGGCCACCCCCGGCCGACGCAACGUCCUUGACGCCUGCCGCCUUCGCACGCUUUGAGGGCCGCCAGCCGAUUGGACCAGACGGCACGCCUCUGGGACCUCCAAAGGCCAGCCGCAAGCCCUCUUCUUCUUCGUCCUCGCUGCCUUCGGCCUGCCCGGGCGAGCAAGCUGUACAGCAACAGCUUGACCCGUCCAAGCUUGACUACUGCCGAGCCCUUUACGACUUCACUCCCCAGCCCGGCAAUGCCGUGCAGGGAGUUGAUAUGGAAGUGCGCCGGGGCGAGCUUGUCGCUGUGCUCAGCAAGAGUGACCCUAUUGGCAACCCCAGCGAGUGGUGGCGCUGCCGGGCUCGUGAUGGCCGCACCGGCUACCUCCCAGCUACGUACCUCGAGGUCAUCAAGAGGCCCGGGCAGCCGGUUGCAGCUAUCAAGGCAGCGGCGAGCGAGAGCAGUAGGACGAGCACCAUGACCAGCACCGUGGAGAGCGUGCCAGAGCCAGUGAAGAGCAAGGUGGGCGAUGUCAGCGCGGAGAGCUUCCAGAAGAGCCAAUUCUACUCUUAG